CACAGACACACCCACUCAUAUUUGCAGAUGUGAGCUAUGAACCGCUGUUGACGCAGAGAACUACGAAAGAGGACGUUGGAUGCAUGUUACAACUCUCAUAACGAAACGGUACGACUCAUGGCCAGUCCUAUGGAGGAAUUCCAGGUGAGCAUUCAUACCUCACCUGGUCUCACCAGUGGAACCUACAGCAACCUGUGGAUAGCUCUGAUUGGCUCAGAGGGAGAGACCCUGCCUCUGUCUAUAAGCUUAGCCGACCAGCACCUCCUCCCUGGAUCUGUAUGUGUGGUUAAAGUAAAGUCGUCUUGCUCUCUGGGGCAUGUGGUCCUGGUGAGGUUGCGGUUGGAGCCCCGACCAGGGUUCCCUGACCUGCCCUGGAAGUGCUGCUUUGUGGGGAUACAGAGGCUGGGGGUGGGUGGGGUGGAUGGGGAGGGGCAGCCCAAAGUGGGGGACGCUGAGGAGAUCUUCCCCUGUGGCCGGUGGCUGACGUCUGCAGAGGGUGAGGUAGAGCUGAGGAACGGAACAGUAUGUUUGUUAAGCUCUGAGUCAGAGCCGAAGCUGAGAGACCACAGAGUCAAAGAGAUGCAAAACCAAAAACAAAAGAUUGGGUGGCGUGUGUUUUUCGAGGGAGCUCCACAUUGUGUGGAUGUGUCGUCGGUGAGCCAGUUGGGGCCCAACCUCAGCUACACGAGACAGAGCCCUGGGAUCAACCUACACUAUCUGAGAGGUUUUACUGAGAGAGCUGAAUCCUGGAGAAGCUUUGAAGAGCUGGACACCUUUUUCAAGCACAACGGGAGAGAGAAUUCCAUUGCAAAGUAUGUGCAGGCACACUGGAGAGAGGACUGGUUCUUUGGCUACCAGUGUCAGAAUGGCUGCAACCCACUCAUGAUCCGGCAGACACGCCUUCUCCCACCCAACAUGGCGGUCACUUCUGACAUGCUCCGCCCCUUUCUCCCUGAAACCUCUACUCUGGAACACGAGCUGGAGAAAGGGACUAUUUUCUUGCUGGACUAUGAGGUGCUGGAAGAUGUCCCAGCUAACGUGAUCAACGGCAGGCAGCAGUAUCUCUCUGCUCCCCUUUGCCUUCUGCACCUGGACCAGCAGGGCAAGCUGAAGCCUGUUGCUAUCCAGCUUCAGCAGAACCCCGGCCCUCAGAACCCAGUGUUUCUGCCCUCUGACCCUGCGUGCGAUUGGUUGCUGGCUAAGAUGUGGGUGCGCUCUGCAGACUUCCAGUGCCACCAGCUGGCCUCCCACUUCCUUAGGACUCACCUGCUGGGGGAGGUGUACUGCAUUGCCACCCUCAGGCAGCUGCCGGAAGUGCACCCGUUGUUUCAGCUGUUGAUGCCACACAUCAGAACCACACUUCAGAUCAACAUCCAGGCCAGGGCCUCACUGCUGGCCCCCAAUGGCGUCUUCGACAAGGCCAUUGGCUGUGGGCUGGCCUCCCUGCCAGCGAUGCUGUCUCGCUCCUCUGCCCGUCUCCAUUACCGCUCGCUCUGCGUACCUGACGACCUGGAGGACCGGGGCCUGGCCGCGCUGCCACACUGCUACUAUGCUCAGGACGCCCUGAGAGUGUGGAGUGCUCUGCACAGGUUUGUGCUGCGCUUGGUGGAGCUGUAUUACCAUGGAGACCAGUGUGUAAAGCAGGACUCGGAGCUGCAGAGCUGGAUCAUGGAGAUCUACACACAUGGCUUCCUGCAGAAGCCACAGUCAGGCUGCCCUCAGUCAUUCCAGACCAUGAUGGAACUCAGCAAAUUUGUUACCAUGGUAAUCUUCAGCUGCUCAGCAUUGCAUGCUGCCGUCAACUUCUCUCAGAUGGACUUUGACCUCUGGAUGCCCAACUGCCCGGCCUCCAUGACCCAGCCCCCUCCCCAGACUAAGGGCACGGUAACCGAGGACAACCUCUUCUCCUUCCUGCCGGAGGUCAACUCCACCUGCAGCGUCAUCAUCACCCUGUCUAUGCUGUCUGUCCCUGCUAGAGACUACGUGCCACUGUGUCAGUACCGGGAGCCGUUCUUUAGCACCGGCACCCCCUGCAGGCUGGUGGAGGAAGUGCAGGCAGAACUCAGGGCCAUUUCUGAUGACAUCACAAACAGGAACCGGAAACUAGAGGUUCCCUACCCGUACCUGUCUCCUGACCAAAUAGAAAACAGUACAGCUAUAUGAGAUGUUGUCUUAAAUGUGGUAUGUACACGUGCAGACCCUGCAUACGGGCAUGCUAGUAUGUACACACACGCAUUGUAUUUCAAAAGUAUGAAAAUUAAGACAUUACUUUACUUAUUACUUGAUUUAUGCUUUGUAUGUUACAACCAACUUGCUUCUUUUACGUCAUGUAAUUUUGACACCAUGAACUACUUUGCCUUUCCUUGGUGAAAUAAACAAACAAACACACA